UAUAUUGAGCCUUGCAGGUGGAGGAACGAAAAUGUCAUCCAUUGCAAGAAAAAAACGAAGACCAAAUGGCUCCAAUAAUCGCAAUAAGGACUUGCAGCACCAGAAACUGAUCAAAUCAGUGGAUUCUUUUUUGAAGUCUAUAGCUUCUGUGGACCUAAGGCUUACAAAGAAAUGCAGUAUUUGUGCCGACAAGGAUUCCUCUUUUGGAAACCUCCGACCUCUGAUGAAGGCAUUGGAAAUAUCUUGCCAUGGAAUUCCUUGGUUAUUGGGAACAGUUGCCAUGCUACUGACACUCCACAAAGCAGAACAUAUAGAAGUUCUAGUUAAUUUACUAAUAGGUCUUAUUGGUGAUCUGAUUAUAGUGGCAUUUCUGAAGUUCCUGUUCCAACGUCCAAGACCAGCGCACAAUAAAAUGGACAUGUUUGCAACAGUUUCUGUUGACAACUACUCAUUUCCAUCCGGCCAUGCUACAAGAGCAGCAAUGGUUGCCUUCAUUCUAGCUGAAAGACUGGUUGUGAAUUCAUCAUUCCAUGGACUCAUAUUGCUGUGGUCGGUUUUCGUCACUGCUUCAAGACUGAUGCUGGGACGUCACCAUGUCAGUGAUGUGCUGGUUGGUUACCUGAUAGGCUAUAUUCAGUAUAGUGUUUUGUCCAGUUAUUGGCUGCCCCAGCAGACCUGUAUGUAUCUUGUUGAACCAAUCUUCAGACAUUUGCAUCAUUAACAUUGUAAAAUGAUCGGCAGCUAUAUAUAUAAUACACAAAAUGUAAAGAUAUAUACCAGGUACGUGUAUAUAUAUACAGGAGUCGUUGAAGAUGAAAUUGUGAUGUGUAAAUAAAUUUGUAAGGAUUAGAUAGGAAGUUAAAAUCACAAACAUUACUUGGUCCCAUUGUUAUUGAAAUACAUUCAAGAUAAAUGUUGUAUUUACUUGUCACAUUCAGACUCCAUCAAUGUUUUAUCAACAUAUCCUGACACUAUCAAUAUUAAUGACACAUUGAGUCACAGUGGUUUGUGUAUGUUGUAUGUUGAUGUUAUUGAACCAAGGAACAUUUUAGACCAAUAUAACUCCAUGACACUGUGAAACAACAAUUCAAUAGAUAUGAAAAAGUAACACAAUUAAUUUCAUUGAUCAAAAAGAACAAAACCUUUUUUUUUAACAUACAUAACACACAACUUGCUCAAACACAUGUGUUACAUAACAUCAUGGAUGAUGUAAAGGAAUUUAAUCCUUAAAUACUGAUGUAUUGUAGUAAAUACUGUACAAUGAUAUUAAGAUUAUGUUUGACAUCUGAUACCUUUUAUUACUGUACAGUGAUAUUAGGUUAUAUAUUAUACAUAUGAUACCUUUUCUUUGAAAUUACAAGGACGCGACAUUUGUCAUAUCCUUCAAACAAACUGACAAAAGAACAGUUGGGAUUGUCACUGUGUGACUAGUUGUGCUGCUACUGGAGUAUGCUGUAGUAGCUCAAGUAUCUAACAUUUUGUCACACUGAAAAGCGGUUUACAUCACCAAAUAUUUUGUAACCCUUCAAUAUAUUCACUAUUGCCCCAUGUCAGCACUUCAGAACUGUCCAUGGCCUAGUUUAUUUUCUCAGUCUCCCUAUUUCUAUCGUAGUUAUGCCCCUUUUCCUGUGUCUUGAAGCAGAAUCUUAUCCGGACAAAUCCUCCUACAGUUUUAUUACAAAAUUUCAAACCUUGUGGAUGUAGCUGAAUUGGUGCAUCUGAGCUUAUUUUUUGGAUCCUCCUAUUUUAUGGCAGUUUUAGUUAUAUAUGAUGAUAGACUGAAUUUUGUUCAAACUCUUACUACAGUUUUCAUCCAAACUUUUUUUUGUUUGGAUAUAGGUAUAAUAUCCCCCAUGGAAGUUUAGUACCUGUGCUUAUUUUUUGGAUCCACUCAUUUUUCGUGUUUUUGUAUAGACAGAAUCUUGUUCGCACAACACUUCACUCAAUUUUCAUCCAAACUUCUUGAAAAUCACGUACUCAAUAUAAAAUGUACUGAAGUUGUGCAACUUAGCUUACUGUUUUGAUCUGCUAUUUUCCCUGUUUUCUAUUAAAUAAAAUAUGUUUGGGGCAGAAUGGAAAUCAGGGUGAAUAGUACUAGUGGAGUAGGGGAUUUUAUUCGACCAUCCUGGCCACAUCCACUGUUCACUACUGCACUUUUUCAAUCAACUCCCUGGAUCAUGAUGUCAUGUUCGUUAAUUCAUGAUGAUCAGUUGUGAUAACUAAAUGUCUUAAAACUAUCAGUCCAUAACAUGUAGGAUUCAGCUCACUGCAGCUGAUUUAGCUGUGUAAGGAAACGCCUGAUCAAAUUCUCCCCAUUACAAGUCCUGGGAUAUUUAAUAUUUAAAGUCAGUGAUAUAAGUUGUUGAUUCAUCUUUAGUAUAAACCACAUUGAUAUUUACUAAUGCAAUAUUAGUGAUUUAACAGCUAGUUCAUUGUUCUUUUUCAAUAGUGUCCUGAAAUAAACAUGAUAUCAGGAUAAGACUGACAGAUAGCUUAAUGGUUUAUAAUUUAUCACACAACAGUUGAACGUCCCGAUAAAGUAAUGUACUUGUACAUUGAUUUUUUGCUUAAUGCUUAAACUAGUUAAGUUUUUAUAAAACAUUAAAAAAAAGAAACAAAAACAAUUUCUUGGAAGCUCAUUAUUAAAAAAAUUAUAAACAAAUAUUGAUUUAAACGAAACAUGGAAAUUGCUGUUUGAUUUAAUUAGCCUAUAUAACAGCAUGCAUAAUGUAGUACUUGUAGACUUUGAGGUAUUUGAUUAUGACUUAAUAGUAAAAUAGUAUGAAAUAUAAAAAGUAACGUGUGCAAUAUGUAAUUUUAAUGUUUUGUCAGUAUAGAAUGAUGCUAGUCUAAGCAAUGGUUUUGUGUUUGAACUAAGACUCUAAACACUUCAGUUUGUGUACUUUCACAAUCAUUUGUUAAACAAGGUGUGGUUGUUGUUGCCUGUGUGAUUGUAUAUAUACAUAGUGUAUAUAUGUUGUCAGUUACUUCUGUAUUUAAAGUAUUUGAAUGUCAAGAGUGCCGAGUUGUACAGUAGUAAUCGUGGUAAUAGUAUUAUAUGUGAAAAUACAGUAUCAAUCUAAAAUAAGAAAAAGUAGCUGCGAAUUUUGAUCUUCUUGUUAUGUAUGAAAUUACCAGUAUGGGUAACUAGUUUAUGUACAACAUAAUGACAACUGUGUUCACUAGGUCUAGACAUUGAUAUUGUAUAUAAAUAUGUUUGCAAUCAUUAUAAUGUAAUCUAGGAUCAUUAAGUAGUAAUUUGUUGUAAUGCUUGCACAGCUCAGUCCAUACACUCACAAUAUUGGAAUUCUUCCCUUCAGAGGAUUUUUUUUAUUUGAAAAGAAAAAUGUAAAAAGGUGUGUUCCUGCUCAUUGUCCAAAGAUGUUAAAGUUUUAAUCAACUUCAUCUUAACAACCAAAAGACUUAUCAAGAUAUUGGGCCAGUAGCAUGCUGGAAUGAAUGACUACCAAGUGACCUAUUAUUGAUUUAUUUUUUUCUGAAUGAGCAAGAGAGCUACCGAAAUGAUAUUUGGCAAUAUACAUGCCUUGAUGAAGGGCUACAAAAUGUGUUGAAAUGACAAUAAACUUUAACUGCUGUUAUAAAUUACAGUAUCUAGAUCAAUUUCUUACUUACACUACAGUAGGUGAGCAAAACAAGCCCAUUAGACCUCUUGGUUUUGUGAAUGCCUUCUGUAAAGUCCCAUUCCCCUAUAAGACUUUCACUUGACCCUAUAGACAGUAGUUUCUUUUUAUUUGGUUUUGACUGUUGUAUACAUUGUAUAUCUAUUUGACAAAGAGAGUGUAGAUUUGUGAUUCCACAUCUGAAAUUGCUAAAAGGGCAAGGGUCAACUGAGAGACACACUUCCAACUGAAAAAAAACCUGUUCUUAAUUGCCCUGAUUUUAGUAUAAUUUCUGAGUGAUCAGAUAAGGAUAUAUUCUUACCAUCACCACCUCCACCUACAGGAGAGUAAAUUAACACAGUAUUCAUGAGUUGACCUUAUCUCGACCAUGUGCUUGAUCAAUCCUGGUGUUUCCUACCAAUCAGUGUACUGACAUUUUGUCCUUGGUCAUUUGUACUCCAAUAUUAAAUGCAGUCAAGAAUGUACUUUUAAGAUAUUGUUGGGAAAAUGAUAUAACCAUGAUAUUAUACCGGAGAUAUAAAUUAAUGUUAAUAUUUUGUACAGAGAUCAUUACUGUAUACCAUUAUACUUCUAUGCAAUAUGUUAUUCAGUUACAGAAUUGUCAGAUGUUUUAUAUACAAAAAUGUAAAUAUUGUCACAUAACAAAAGGAUUAAAAACUAUUGUUGACAUUGGUAUAAACAUUUCUGCAAACUGAUUGUAUGACUGAUACUGUGAUCAAAAAUCUAAUAUAAAUCUAUGUGAUGUUUUAUUAUACUAUAAUGAUUACCCGAAAAGUGUAUCAAAACAACCUACCUAGAAAUCCAUCAUGUACUGUUUGUAUUUUUUUUUCAAAAUCAUUGUUUGUAUGUGUUUUGUGCUUGUAAAACACAUUUGGAUAUAUUUUGAAUAUAUUAAAUGCCACUAAAAUACUUUAUUUUUGAAUGUUACAUUCACAGUUUCUGUGGAUACUCAUACAAACAAGUCUGUACAAACUUACCAGAAAUUAGAGUCAUGUUAUACAAUUUUAACAUUUUUAUUUUCACAAAGUGGGACCAUUUUAAAGAUGCAUUUAUCUAAUCAUGACAAAUUCAAAAGUGCAUUCCAGAAAUAGUUGUCUUCAGGAGUAAUCUUUGUCUUAGGAAUUUGUGGUAACAUGUAAAUUAAGAGGUGUUCAGUCGCAAUUAAAUAAUGAACAUACUUAGUUAACACUGCAUUCAACAAUACACGGAUGAUUUCUUAAUUUACCAUACAGUACGAGUACAUAUAACGCAUGUUAUUUAUACAUUUUCGGGGCCUAAAGUUGCAAUCAAGUGUCUCGUACGUGGUGUAUUUUCAAUGUAAAAGACUGAAUCAAUGCUAAAAUAUCUGAUAUAUAUACGUAUAUAUGUAUUAGUGUUUUUUCUGCCACACAGAUGUAAUGCAAUGAUCACACUUACAACCAAUUAACCUAAGCGUGUCUCUUGAUCAAAGUUUGGUAUAUUUACUGGACCGAUCGUCGCGAACUUUCAAUCUUACUUUAUGUACAUGGCCAAUGACAUCGCUGGGCGAAAAAUAUAUUUUCAUCAUGACUGACAGCGCGAAAAUAUCCACACUGCGAACAGUUUGGAGGCUGACUAAGCGAAAAUUUCAACACGUGAAAAUAUCCACUUUUACAGUAAUGGAAACUAUUCGACCUAUUAAGUGCAUCUACCCUAAGCACAUCACACCUUUUUCAUGAAUGCUAUAAUUGAAACUCUUACCUCAUUGCUAGCACAAUCUUACUCUUUUAACCAAAUACCCUGAUUUGUUUUAAUAAAUAUUUAAAAAAAAAAAAAAAAAAUUCCACCCAUGUUUCACAUGGAAAUUUUUCCUGUAAAUGGUUUCUAGAGUAGACACACCCCGUUUUGAUUUUGUAAGCAGUACGGUUGUUAUGUCUUAUACAGUAUCUUUGUGUAUAUUUAAAAUAAUAACUACAAAAACUGAAGCUCAUUUGUCUGUGUAGAUGUUCAACUUUAUACAGUGAUUUUGAUUAAUCUGCAGAUAUUUUCAUUUUUAGCUCACCUGGUCCGAAGGAUCACGGUGAGCUUAUGCCAUACCAUGGUGUCCGUCCGUCAACAAUUGACUUCUUCUUCAUAACCGCAUAUCGGAAUUUGACUACCAGGGUAAAUUUGGUCAGAAGCAUUCGUAUGGGGUGGGAACUCAAACUUCUUCAAUGGUGGUGCUGACCCCCAGGGGGUCUGAGGAAGGGGCCAAAAGGGGUCAAUUUGGCUCUAUUAUUAUAAACGUCUUCUUCUGUGAAACCGAGCAAAAGAUAUCACUCAUAUUUGACUGGCAGCAUCCCUUUAGGGUGGGGAUUUAAAAUUGUACAGAUGGUGUGGCUGACCACCCCCCACCCCUGGGGUCCUGAGGGGCAGUGCCAAAAUUAGUGUAUUUGGCUAUAUUGAAAAAAACAACUUCUGUGAAACCGAGCAAUGGACAUCACUCAUAUUUGACUGGUAGCAUCCUUUGGGGUGAGGAUUCAAAAUUGUACAGAUGGUGGAGCUGACUUUCCCAUAACUAUAUAUAGCGUUGUUAGACAUUAACAAAUAAAGCUAUUAACAAAUGGAACAUAAACAUAUUUUGACUUUGGUCAAAUCCAUCCAGGUGAGCGAUACAGGCCCUCUUGGCCUCUUGUUUCACUCAUUCCAUAAUAAAGGUGUUGACUUUGACAGUCUGAGAGCACAUUGUUUUGAUGUCAAAUAAAAUAGUACAAGUGUUUCAUUGUGAUGUUGUUUUGCCACCCCCAUUUUUUUAUUUUCAAAAUAAAAAUUUUGAAAUAAUAUAAA